UGAGUGUGUGUGUUGCUGGUGCUCUCUCUCUCACUCACCAGAAGGACCACAGUGACGCACCUCCUCUUGCGUUAAAGGCGCCCACACUCUCACGCUGAGGUGAUAUGCGUGUUUUAACCAUCUAUAUCUACGUCACGGCCUCAAUGAUCGGGCACCCACGUGUAUAGGAUGGCUACCAACGCCUCCUGCCCACAACAUGUUUGGGAGAUGGUUAAGUGAGGGUCAGAGGUUAGGUUAGGAGCCGUCCUGGGAAGCCGUUCUGGGAAGCGUCGUGAGGGAGUGAGUCAUAGGGUCACACGUCACUCCCUGUCUCACACUUGGCCAGCGUCACAGUGCUACUUGUGCCCCCCACGUUCACAAGGGCCCCGUCCCGCCCCGCCAAGCUUAAGCUCUACGCCCCCCACGCACGCCUCGCAGUGACCCAGUACAGUACCGAAGUGCAUCAUUUGACACGGUCAACUCAGAAAUCUAUAUUUUUAGUGCGCCAAGUGACAGUGGUAUUGUUGUUUUUAAGUAGUGGUGUCAUCAUUACUGGCCUGUGUCAGUCAGUCCUCUUGUGGAUGAUAAUCUUCCUCGUAAGCCUAAACGGGCUGUGUUGCAGCGUGUGAUAAUACCAGCUAACACAAGGACAGUACAAGGUGUUAAAAUUAGAGUUGUGCACACACGUACUGUAGAGUGAGAGGAAGCCUAAGAUAAUGACAGAUAUGUGAGGUGACUGGGCUUCCCUGGGUCAGCGCUGAGUAUGCCAUCUGCACCACAUAAUCCCCGGGGCCCCACAUCCCCCUGGAGGAGAGAUGUGGUGGUGGUGGUGGUGUACCUCUGGGUAACUCUCCUGUGUGUCUCCGGCGCCUGGGAGAAGGAGGAGGAGGACAACCGGGUAUGGACUGAGAGAACCCACCUCGCCCUGGACACCCCGGCUAUCCCCUCCUGCGAUGAUCACAAUCAACACAACAAAUGUUUCCACAAAGCUCCCCAACCCAUGGCCUGGAAUGACGCUCACAUAUACUGCCGUGGCCGGGAUGGUUUCCUCGCCUCCAGGGACGAGCAUCAACAUUUGGCUCACCUAUGGUCACAUCCUACCAACCUUACAUGGACCGCCCUCACUUCCUACCAGGGUCAUUACCAGUGGAUCUCUCGCUGCCCAGCCAUUUCCCCAGCACCCAGCGACUUCGUGUCGUGGCGAGAGCUGCCGGAGCUGUGGGAUAGAGACUGCGCAGCAUUCGACGUGUACCUUCAGGAGUUCCAGCUUUACGCAUGCGCAGAUAAACUCCCCUUCUACUGUGUCCUGCGUAAACAUAUACAUCCACAAGAUGACGUCAGCGAGGACCUGUCUGACGUGGAGCUGAGGGUGGAGAGAAGCUCUCUCGGUCUGGGACACCAUGGGUGGCUCUCACUUAACCAGACAGACUUCCUUAGCCUGACGCUCUCCUGCCGGGCCUACAGCAAGUCCACAGGUCGGCUCCUACCUUACCAGCCUCACGUCUUCUGGAAGAAGGACCUGGUGUACACGAGCCACUGCGUCGGGGACAUGAUGCCGGCCACCAUCCACGACUCCACCAAGUCAGAGUCGGUGACCGUGAUGCCGGGGGUGAGAGAGAGGCAGCAGGAGCCCAUCAUCAUCAACCAGGGUACCUACUGGUGCGAGGCCUGGCUCCCCGGCUCACCGGAUCGCUUCACCAGCAACAAGGUCCUGGUGACCCACGACGACUGGCUGGUGUUCAUCCUCAACGCCCACAAGUACGAGCCGCCGGGUGUCACCAUCAACCAGACUGAGACUCAGCUCCGUAGUGUCUUCAAGGAGGAGUUCCACAGAAUCUCAGACUACAUAAUGGACGUGAUCUCGGUGGAGAAGAAGGAGGAAGCUGAUAGUUCCUACGUCCGGGCCAACUACAGCUUCCAUCUUCAUGUACCAAGAAAUGAGUUUAUCAUGGACGUGAAGAACCUUCAGUUUAAAUCUGAAGAAUACCAGAGAAUUUUUUCCGACCAUAAAUUCGAGUCAUCUUCCACAGUUGCUUAUCCAACAUUCUGUUCACGUCAGACAAAAUCUUUCAACACCGGACUUGAGCUGGAGUGGCCAUUUGAGAAAGCAGGAGAAGUCCACCCUAAUAACUUCAAGUGUAAAGUGAAUUAUGGUAAAUUGUCUCCCGGGCGUUGUGUGUGGGACUAUAUUCAUGGAGCACAACUGAACUUUGACCCCAGCGGGUGUGAGUGGAUGGAUCAGUGCCCCGUUGGCUACACAAGCAUCCAGAACAAAUACUGCGUGGCUGUGUCCGCUCCGGCCACCUGGACAAAAGGCUUCAGUGACGCCUUCAGAACCAGUCAGGAGAGAAGCGUGCUUGAUAGUCGUAAGUUCUUCAGAGUGAGGACCAACGGGGUCCCGCCUGUGUAUGAUCAGAUCAGACAGCUGGUCGCGAGAACCAUGAAUGAGACCAAGAUAUGGCUUCCAUCUAGAAGACUGCGACGACUAAGCCCAAUAAAAUCAAUGAGUCCAAGCCAAAAACAUGACGUAUAUCAAGAUUACGAAGCGUUUAAGAUGUACAACAUAUCCUGGGCCCCACAACAUCCACGCAGCAGCCUAGAAUGUCUCGCUUUAGACAUGGCGACUAAUCAACUUCAAACUGAAGACUGUAACGCACAUCUUCCUUUCGUGACCAUCAUUAACGCUUUCUUCUUGGGAAGAGAUCCAAAAUUCUUGAGCGGGUCGCUGGUCAAGAGCAGUCCUUUGUGCCCCUCUGGAUGGAGCACGACAAAGUUCAAGAAUAACACAUCUAAUAUAAUUUGUUUUAAACUUUUCAUGAAUCAAAGGAAUUUAACUUGGCCUGAAGCGAACAAAUUCUGUGAAGAAGAAGGAGAGGAGGGGCAGCUGCCCACACCCAACGUGGGGUUCCUGGACUGGGUGUAUCGUCGACACUUAUAUAACCACAAUGUUUCUGACGUCUGGAUGGGAGCACAGUGGAUCCAUGAACGAUUACUGUACAAUGGCUCUGUUGACAACAUCAACUGGCUGGCAGACACUGACUACACUAACAGGUACGGUGCACUCACACAAUAUGGAUGGAUUCUUGAGAAGAAAGAAGUAACUAAACAAAAUGUAUUAUGUCAAAAAAGAAUUCACUCAGAAGUAAGCUUGCGCUUGGAGGUCCAUGAGCCAAAAACUAGUGUUUCACAGACCAUGUGCAUCGACGUGGACCCAGAGCAGUUCCUGCUGGACGGGGACAACAACCUCCGCUGCUACGUCAACGGUGUAUAUACCAAACACGAACAGACUCAGGACUCAGGUUGUCAAUACGAAAUGAAGGUGUCGCAUCAAGGCUACUACCAGUGUAUAGCCUGGGCACACCCACCCCUCACACUAGUAUACUCCAACCCCAUACUUCACAGAGAUUACAGAACUUUCACUUUCGUCGUGACUUUGUUACAAGAUAAGAAAUACAAGCCUAAGGACCAUGACAGCACUUUUAAGAUUAACAGAUUUAAAAUGCCGAAACCAUCGUCAACUUGCACCGAACAGUUCAGGAACAGGCUGGACAGCAGCGACCUUGCGAAUGAUUAUAGAUUCAGCUUCAGGAAUUUCUUCUAUCUGCCCGAACACACAGAAAACAAACUUCUGCCAAACUUCCAUCUUGAGUGCGAGCUGAAGAAGGAUGAUGCAGUUCUUUCAGAAAAACAACUUUUUAUGAAGCUGAAUAAUGUACUUACCACUGGUGAACAGUUUUCUGACUGUAAACUGAUUGGUAUCCGGAGCACAGUCGGCUGUCCUAAGGAGGUCACACGAAACUAUGGCGCCGUCUCUCCUGGUAAUCUUACCUGGCCGGCCACGCGCGGGAACUCUGUGGUCAUACCUGACGAGUUGUGCAUCACACAUAAGGGAGAGCCAGUCACGAGGGAGUGUCUGGGAGACUUCGUGGAAGGUUACUACUGGGGUCCGGCUGGUAACUGUACAGAGGAACCUUCAGAGCUCACCCGCAGUCUGUGGCGCAUCAAACGCAACCCAAAAGACUACCUCAAAACCUCUCGUCCUCGUCCUGCCUUGCACUCGCUGGUAGAAAUCACCAAAAACAGCUCCUGGUUACAACCUAUCGACAUACAUCUUGUUGCUAAGACAUUUGAGUCGUUCUCUAGGGAAAAUGAAAGCAAUAUAGUUGACUUAGAAGAAAUAGUGGAGACCCUCAAUAAUAUCAUGGCAGCCAAUACUUCAAUUUUCGAUUUAGUGCAAAAGAAGCUAAACUCUUCAGGCAUUCUCCUGGAAGCUUUUGAAGACAUCACUUUCCAGAUUGAAUUACCGAGUGAAAAAGGGGACCAGAAGAAGAAUUCCUCAAAAGAAUUCAUCUCGGUUGAGCGUCUGGAUCUGGAAGUGAAUUCAACAAUCGUUGGGUACAAGUCCAGGGAGGACGGGGAAGGAGGAAGGCGGGCGGAGACGCUGGUCAAGGGCGUCGCACUUCAGGACCUGAAGGACGCUGAUGCUGCCAUCAUCUUCCCCAGCAACCUCACCUACACCAUCGCUGCCAAGACGGCCAGGAAGGGGAAAAGUAGACUAUUCGAGGAAGAAAAAGUUCCUUUGACAUUUGCUGUAUAUAGGAAUGAAAAAUUAUUUCAAGAUAAUGUAUCUCUCAUUAACUACACUGUCAACAGCCGGAUAAUUCUAGCAUCAUUCAAGGGAGAAACAAUUAAGGAUUUGGAUUACCCUGUAACCAUUUACUUCAAACCAUUUCAGUCUGGAAACGAUACGAAAUGUGUUUUUUGGGAUUUUACGAAGAACUCAGGUAGAGGCGGGUGGAGUGAAGAAGGGUGCAGGAAGGGUGAGCGUGUGGGCGUCCAUGACGUCUGCCUCUGUAACCAUCUCACCAGCUUCGCUCAGCUCAUCAAUUAUAACGAUGACAGUGGCUUCAGCAGCCCUAACCAGCUCGCCUUGGACAUAAUUACAAUUAUCGGCUGUUGCCUGUCCAUCAUUGGUCUUCUUCUGGUGUUCACCACCUUCUUCCUGUUCAAGAAGUGGCGACGUUCCCUGAGCAACAAGAUUCUAGUCAACCUUUCCUUCUCUGUGUUCUGUAGUGUUGUUAUAUUUCUGGCUGGGAUCAACCAGACGUGGAACCUCAUACUGUGUCGGGGUGUCGCUGUGGGUCUCCACUACUUCAUCCUCGCCUCCUUCGGUUGGAUGCUGGUUGAGGCCGUUCAUCAGUACCUCAAGUUUGUCAAGGUUUUCGGCACAUACAUCCCGAGAUUCUUAUGGAAGGCUUCAGUGUGUGCUUGGGGCAUUCCUCUCCUGCCCAUCUUGACCUUGCUGGUGUACGACAGCUCCCUCUACGAUAGCAACAAUGACUACAAUGGCGAUGCCAAGAUAUGUUGGAUGUCUGCCAAAGGCUUUAAAUUUGCAUUUCUUCCUCCUCUGAUAGCGACCAUGACAGUCAAUUUGAUCAUCUUCAGUAAAAUCAUCCACGGGGCUGUGUGCGGCCGAGCCCGUGUCACCUCCACUAUGUCAGAGAGAGUUUUGUUCAUGAACCAACUUAGGAUGGCGGUGUGUGUCUUCUUCCUGCUCGGCUUCACGUGGAUCUUUGGGUUACUUGCCGUUUGUCAAAUAAGAAUCGUGUUCUCUUAUCUCUUUUGUAUUUUCAACACUCUACAAGGCUUCUUCCUUUUCCUCUUUCACGUGUUUCGUGAACGCAGUGCUCGAAAAUACUGGAGAGACUUUCUCUCUGUUUUGACACAGGACCCCAUGUCGUCGACGCCUGGGAACUCGGUCAACUUGCCAAACUCAGCCCAGUUCCGGGAACAUCAUGACAGCGUCACUUUCGACAAGUGUGGCGGCAUCCUGGUGCUGCCUCAGGGACCCGUCAGACCACAGCUGCGACGCACCGUCAGGACCAGCUUACUGUCUGCCCGCACUGCCUCCACCCUGGUGCACUCCAGAGUGAGCUUCAACCCCUGACCUACUGAGUGGGAGCCUCCACACUCCCGUCUGCCGCCACAAUGUUCCGGUCUUGUAUUUGGUAUUAUCAAUUACCGUAUCAAGCGCCACUGAGUUUCACACAAACCCUUAGUCUUCUAUACUGCCGUAAUGACGACACAUUCAGCUAGAGACAGUAAAGGAACAACGUGUGACUCGUGCCAGUGAGAGGUGUGGUGUGGUGUGGCACUGAAAUUAUAUUGAAGGAAUGUGUCGUAUGAACACCUCCGACAGUCUCACUUUGUGACACGCGGAAAGCUAUUACAGCUGCGUCAGGGACGGACAGUGUCUUGGUGUCCUGACUGCCUCACACAUAAUGUUGUGCCUUAUACUGCUACAGUUCCUAGACCAUUGUGAACAACAUUGCCAAAGUUACAUACGCAGGAAACAUUUGUACAUAAAAAUGACCGAGUAAAAGUCUAGUCCAAACUGGUUACUGACCCUAACAGGUUUCUUACAAACAUCCUUGAUGUUUAUGUUUGUGUUUACAUCCCUCUGAGGAAGUUACCGAUGUUUCGGAUGUGUAAGUUCCUCAAGGGACUGCAAGUGUAAACCUUCAAGGACAUGACGCGUGUUUAACAUAAGGUCAACAGUGUUUACGAGUCAUUCUAGUGUUAAUGUUUAUAGAAUGACCGAUGACAUGAUAAGAGUGCUAAUGUUUCUUGAUGUGAAUUAAACAAUAAUACAUAAAAUAUUUCCAUUUAUGUAAUACGUUUUUAUGGAUCACGUGAAGAUCAACUCCCAGCUUAUUUCACCUGAUGAUUAAACACCCUAAUCCUACCUGAGGGUGUAAGGUUAGGUUAGG